AAUUAGAAAAAUACCACGCCACCGAUAAGUAGUGCCACUAUUAAAAAUUGAAAAAAACAGGAGAUUGAGCCAAAUUCUUAUAAUUUCCAUAAAUAAAUUCACAAAAAAAAUACAUACAUUACUUGAACAUUUUUAACAUAUGUAAGAACGGCAACAAAGGCUCUUUCUCAGAUGACGUCGCGAUUACCAGGGCUGCAUCAAACCCAACUAACUAUCGCGCACAAACGAUAGUAGCCCGAACGACAUCGAUUACAAGCUUUAUAAACGUUUGCAUUUGACACAUCGCUAUCGGUAAACUUUGCAGAAUAUUUAGUAAGAGUUUUGUGUUUUAAAGUGUUAUAAGAAAAGACAAAGUGACAAAAUGCCGCGUAUUAUGAUCAAAGGCGGCGUCUGGCGCAACACAGAGGAUGAAAUUCUCAAAGCGGCUGUCAUGAAAUAUGGCAAAAAUCAAUGGAGUCGCAUUGCAUCGCUGCUGCAUCGCAAGUCGGCUAAGCAGUGCAAGGCACGCUGGUACGAAUGGCUCGAUCCGAGCAUUAAGAAGACAGAAUGGUCACGCGAGGAGGAUGAGAAACUGCUGCAUCUGGCCAAACUUAUGCCGACGCAGUGGCGAACAAUUGCCCCAAUUAUUGGACGCACUGCAGCACAAUGCCUGGAACGCUAUGAGUAUUUGCUCGAUCAGGCACAGCGCAAGGAGGAUGGCGAGGACACCAUGGAUGAUCCGCGCAAGCUAAAGCCCGGCGAAAUCGAUCCCAAUCCGGAGACAAAACCGGCACGACCCGAUCCCAAAGACAUGGACGAGGACGAACUGGAGAUGCUGUCCGAGGCACGUGCCCGCCUCGCCAACACCCAAGGCAAGAAGGCCAAGCGCAAGGCGCGCGAGAAGCAACUGGAGGAGGCACGUCGCCUGGCUACGUUGCAGAAGCGACGCGAGUUGCGUGCGGCUGGCAUUGGUAGUGGCAAUCGGAAGCGCAUCAAAGGCAUCGACUACAACGCGGAGAUCCCGUUUGAGAAACGGCCAGCUCCAGGUUUCUAUGACACCGCCGAGGAGCAUCUGCAGAAGCAGGAUCCGGACUUUAAUAAGAUGCGGCAACAGGAUCUUGAUGGUGAGCUGCGCUCCGAGAAGGAGGAACGCGAACGCAAACGUGACAAACAGAAGCUGAAGCAGCGCAAGGAGAACGAGGUGCCAUCGGCCAUGCUGCAGAGCAUGGAACCGGAACGUAAACGCUCCAAGUUGGUGCUGCCCACGCCGCAGAUCUCCGAUCUGGAACUGCAACAGGUCGUCAAGCUGGGGCGCGCCAGUGAGAUGGCCAAAGAGAUUGCCGGCGAGAGCGGCAUCGAGCAGACUGAUGCCCUGCUGGCGGACUAUUCCAUAACGCCGCAAGUGUCGGCGACGCCACGCACUCCGGCACCAUACACGGAUCGCAUAAUGCAGGAGGCACAGAAUAUGAUGGCACUCACCCACACAGAGACACCUCUCAAGGGUGGCCUCAAUACGCCGUUGCACGAAUCUGAUUUCUCGGGCGUGCUGCCCAAGGCUGCGGCCAUUGCGACGCCGAAUACGGUGAUUGCCACGCCCUUUCGCACACAACGCGAGGGCGGCACAGGCGCAGGAACACCAGCCGGGUUUCUAACACCCGCCUCGGGUGCUGUAGUGCCUGUGGCGAAGACAGGAACAGCUGGAGCAGCGAGUGCAACGCCUGCCUUUGUGCGGGAUAAGCUCAGCAUCAAUGCGGAGGAGACAAUGGGCGUCACCGAGACGCCAGCUCUCUAUAAGAACUACCAGAAGCAGCUGAAGUCGACGCUGCGCGAGGGAUUGUCCACGCUGCCGAUGCCACGCAACGAUUACGAGAUUGUGGUGCCGGAGCAGGAGGACAACGAACCAAUGGAGACUGGCCAAGAGCCGGCGAUAGAGGAUCAAGCAGAUGUCGAUGCACGCAUCCUUGCCGAACAGGAGGCACAGCGCAAGCGUGAGCUUGCCAAGCGCUCCCAGGUCAUUCAGCGCAAUCUUCCGCGUCCCACAGAGGUCAACACGAAGAUCCUGCGACCGCAGUCCGAGAAACAGAAUCUCAGCGAGCUGCAGCAGGCCGAGGAGCUGAUCAAACACGAAAUGAUCACCAUGCAGCUUUAUGACUCUGUGCGUGAUCCGGUGCCUGGACAAUCGCAGCAGAAGCUGGAGCAGUUGCACAGCUUCUUCAAGGCCAAUCCGUACGAGGAGAUCACGCAGGAGGAUCUGGCCGAUGCCAAACAGAUGCUCAGCGACGAAAUGGAGGUGGUCAAGGAGCGCAUGUCGCACGGCGAACUGCCGCUCGACGUUUACGGUCAGGUGUGGCAGGAGUGUCUCGGCCAGGUGCUCUACCUACCCUCCCAGCAUCGUUAUACACGUGCCAAUUUGGCCAGCAAAAAGGAUCGCCUGGAAUCCGCCGAGAAGCGACUCGAACAGAAUCGUCGCCAUAUGGCCAAGGAGGCGAAACGGUGUGGCAAGAUCGAGAAGAAACUAAAGAUUCUCACCGGCGGCUAUCAGGCACGUGCCCAGGUGCUGGUCAAGCAGCUGCAGGACACCUAUGCGCAGAUCGAACAGAACACCCAGUCGCUGUCCACGUUUCGUUUCCUCGGCGAGCAGGAGGGCAUUGCGGUGCCGCGUCGCCUCGAAGCGCUCCAGGAGGAUGUGCGUCGCCAGAUGGAGCGUGAAAAGGAGCUGCAGCUGAAGUACGCCCAUCUCGCCGAGCAACGCGAUGCGCUCUUCAACCAAAUCGCACUGAUCACCGGCGAGCGACCCACUCGCGAGCUACUGCUCGGCAUUGAUCCAGAGACGGAGCAACUGCAGCAGCAGCAGCAGCUGGAGGCCUAGAUAUAAGUCACUAGCAAUUUAAUUUGUAUCCAAAAAAGAGAAAAAACUUCAAUACACUCAAACAAUCAUUUAAACAAA